UGGUCGAGUUCAAAAAAUUGUUUAUCUUCUUCUCAUGUGCUACAUUACUUGCUCCAACAUCAAAGUUGGAUGGUAGUCAUGAGUUGUGGUGUACUUUGAUGGCUGGAGACUUUGACAUCAAUGUUAAUUGGGGUCAAUUUGUACUUGACACACUGGUUGCUGGAAUUAGACAUUUUCGAUUGGGUAAAGGCUCAUGGUUUACAGGUUGCCUUAUUUUUUUACAGCUUUUUUAUGUAAAUAAAUUUUACAUUCCAACCAUGUUGGUGCCACGUACCAUCCCAAUAUGUGCAGCGUGGACUGAUGACUUGAUGAAGAAAAGGGUGCAUGCCGAAUUGCAUGAUUAUGGUGAUUAUGGACUAGCUGAUGUUCAAGAAGAUGAAAGGGAAGAAGAUGCACAUGAAGACCCUGGUAAUCCAAUAAAUGAAGUUGAAGAAGAGACUACUGAUGAAAUUAUAGCAGAAUAUAAUGCAGCGGAGAGACAAAUUCACCAAUUGCUGCGAACAAUGAGAGGAGCAAUUGAUAAACUAGCAAAGCGGCAGAAUACAAAUAAAACCCCAUCAUCUUCUCAUCAAAGUAGAAGUCAUAAUCAACCUGAUAUCAAUGAUUCUUUCCCAUCACCACCACAUGCUUAUGGAUCGCCACUGAAUGAUCGUUUUGCUGAUGGUGAAGAUAAUGUAGGCCCAUCAACCUCACAGCCAGCAGCGCAGCAUAGCAUUGAGGAUGAAGUUCAGAUGAAUGCUAUUAUUCCUUACGAGACUGGACAUCCUCCAAUACGUUCAUAUCGGCUACGUCGACAUGCUACUGCCCUUCAAUCACCAUACGUGGUACAACCGUCAAUCAAAUUUUCAGCUUCUUCAUCUGUAGCAAAGCAAGUUUUGGCAUAUGCAUUGGACGAUACACGUGAUGAAAGCCAAAUAUUAUGUUCCAUGCACAAUUUCUUCUUGACAAGGUUUGACUUGAAAUGCUUGGGACCCGACAAAUUGGUUGACAAUAAGGUUGUAACCAUGCAUUGUCGAAUUUUGAAUGGUAUGGAUAAAGAAAAUAGGAAGCAUUUCUUAUCUCCAAACUUUGUGUCUGAUGUGGAAAAGAAGAGGGGUUUCUUAUCUCCAAAAUACAUAUGUGACAAUUUAUGGAAAUAUUUCAAAAAUACUCGGUUGUGCACAUAUGAACAGUUGUUCAUACCAAUAUGCAGGAAAAAUCAUUGGUAUUUAAUAAUUUUGAAUAUUCAUGCGAAAAGAAUCGAGUUAUUGGAUUCAUUAAUAUAG